UGGGAACCAUGGACGAUCGCUUUUCGGUAGAUCAGUCCCUUGAUUUCCCCUCCAGUGAUCGUCUCCCUCUAUCUCUCGCCUUGCUGAUCUUGGCGACGGCGUUUCGACUUAGCUCAACGUCGAGCAUCGGAGCGCCGUCCAGUUUCCCAGCAGCUGCCGCCUCUGCCGAGCGGAAGAAGAAUCUAGCGACCGCCUUUUCUGGCAUUGCUCCAUUGCCGAGCAGUGCUUCCUUUCCUCUUGGCACGCUCUCCGUCGAUCGUGGUCAGCCUGUGAAUCCUUCACUCGAGACCUGAGCCUGGCCCUUCUGAAGCUCGCCGGAGCAAGGAGCGUCGUUAUUGGUGGUGUUCCAGACUUUUCCUCCACCUGGUGGGUGUUUGUUGUUAAUGGACCUGCAGGAGUGACUUCUUUUUCGACCUUUACGCAGUCGUUCUGGAAUCUCUGACCUCUAGGGUCUUGCUCGACGUCCUCGCUAUAGCUAGAUGUAGACUGCCUGUGGCAUCGGGCUUGGACUGCCGACCGUUAAUUGUCCUUGUGACUUUCUCCGUAUUCUUUUUCUCUGGUUGAGGGCAACGACCAUUGCCUCCUAUCUCUCUGUCCGCUGUUGUGAUCCGGUUCGUAAGAGAUCGUUUUCCAGCGGUUGAUUCUCUCAGUGAUUAAGAAAUUAGGCCCUGUUUGAUGCAUCGGUUAAAAACUAUACGGGCGAGUGAAUCAAACGCUAUAAAAUUUCACAGGAAAAAGUCGUACGAUCGGAUGAAAUUUCAUGCCGAAAAAAGUCCGACCUGUUGAGGUCGGACUUUUUCGCGGAGACAAAGCUCUCAAUUUUUCCCCUCUUUUCCCGUCGACGCACUUCUUCCCCUCUCUCGCUGCGUCUCCUCCUCUCUUGCUCUCUUGUUCCUCUCCUCUCUCGCUGCACAGGUCUCUCCUGUCAAACCCAACGUCGCCCGCUUGCAGCCCCAGGCCUUCAAUACCAACAGGAGAUUUGGUCGUAUCCCUCUCGGCUGCUCCUUUAUUCAGAUUUUUGUCCUCCAAGAAUGUCAAAUAUUCGGGAUAGAACUAAUGAUUUUAGGGAACUCGUGCGUUCUGUGGCGAUCUCGUUAGGGUACGAUGAGUCCAAAUUGGCCGCAAUAUCCACAUCCUUGAUCAUGUCAAAGCCUCGAGAACGCUCAUCAUUUAUUAAAUCUGCACUCUUGACGCUUCAAAGCAUUGAUGAAUUGGAAAGGUUUAUUGUGAAGCAUCGGAAGGAUUACAUUGAGCCACAUCGGGCCACUGAGCAGGAACGAGACAGCAUUGAGCAUGAAGUUGGGGUAUUCAUAAAAACAUGCAAAGAACAAAUUGAUAUUCUAAAAGAUACCAUAAAUGUUGAUGACAAGAAGAACUCAAGAUUGUGGCUGAGUAACCAAGUUCAUCCUCAUGCAGAUGUAAUAGCUCACAAGCAUGGUGUGGUUUUAAUUUUAAGUGAGCGGCUUCAUUCUGUCACAUCACUGUUUGAUCAACUGAGGGCAAUUCGUUUCCAGGAUGCUAUUGACAAAGCAAUGCCAAGAAGGUUGCGGCGUAGAAAUGUGAAAACAGUUUCUGCAGAAAGCUCGGAACCUGCUGAUCUUAUGGACAAUCAAAGUGGGAAGCUUCAGCCAGAAUUUGUCAAUGUCCAGCAGCAAGUCUUGGAUGAUGAAACACGUGCUCUACAGUUGGAAUUAUCUAGCCUUCUGGAUGCGGUUCAAGAGACUGAAACUAAGAUGAUUGAAAUGUCAGCAUUAAAUCACCUUAUGUCCACCCAUGUGCUCCAACAAGCCCAGCAGAUUGAAUAUCUCUAUGAACAGGCGGUUCAGGCAACGAGUAACGUAGUUCUUGGCAACAAGGAGAUUUCAAAAGCAAUUGAGCGCAACCGUAGCAGUCGCACAUUUCUUUUGUUGUUCUUCAUAGUUCUUCCAUUGUCUCUUCUGUUUCUUGAUUGGUAUCAAUAGGACAGCAUAUUUUUUGUUCGAUUUCUUAGUGGUGAAAUCUUACAAAUGCCAUCGUCUUCCGGUCUUUCAAGUACUGUUGGGUUUCUGAGUGGCAUGAAAGAAGAAGAAGCAGAUACUGCAUUGGACUGAA